UUGUUGAAUCAGUCGUCGUCUAGAAGCUUCCCAAGAACCUCGUUUGGUAGCUGCCCUUACUAACAGAAUGACUGCUCCUUUCGCCGGUCUUCCCGCCAUGUCUACAACGGUAUCCAAAAUGAGACAGGACAUCCACAACGAGCUGGGAUUCCACACCCUCCUUGAUGCGCCAGUCGAGUGCUUCGAACAGCACAUGCCUAAGACGAUGGUUGCAGGCAUUAAGGUGUCGGUACUAGUCUACACAUUGAACAACAAUAAAAAUCCUUCCAUCCGUAUUGCUGUUGGAGAUGAUUUCGCUCAGACGAACAGCAAUGGCACAUACAAUGAACUUGGCUUCUACGCUAAAUCUACCUGCCGUACCACCCUCUGCGGCUAUUUUAAAAAUAGUCCAGAAGCAACCAACAAAAAGCAGAACAUCAGUUUGAAGGCCAACACUUUCUACUGGUUCCAGUUUCUGAUGGACGUGGGCUCCAUCAAAGCAUACCUAGACGGCGACCUUGUGCACGAUUUCGGAAGCAGUUUGGCCCUCUCAGCAGUCAGGGGAGUAGUUGUUUGGCCGAAUGUGCCAAACAGUCAGAAUGUUUUUUGCUUGGAAUCGCACUUUACUUGCGAUCAAGGCAAGCUACCAUCCCUUCUGCCAAUGGGUACCUGGCUCAUCUCGGACCAGUGGGAGAAACUCCGAAAGUUUCAACAAAGCGUCAACUUCAAAGUGGGCGGUUCCUUGAUGAUCAUUGGAACAUACAAGAAGACUGCCGUAGGAGAUGACAAAAUGUCGCUGGCCUUCCAGCAGCAAAGCAAGAGCGAGCUCAUCCUGCUAGACCCCCCAGCCGAACAGACGGGGCACGUGGAGCUCUACUGCACCAUCGAGAGAGGUCAGCUACUUCUCACUUAUCAAGACAAGGUCACUACGUGCAUGCACGACAUCGACGAAACGAGGACUGUGCAGUUCAGUGUGAAGCAGAACUUGGACAUCAGUUCUAUCGUAAUGAGAAGCGGGAUGAUAAAUGCUGAAUGCGCACCACUCCCGGACUGAUAACCAGGAAUGGGAACCGAAACCGGAAAGCUGAACACGAAACCUCAAUAAAACCUUACUUUUUGCAAAU